ACACUGCCUGUCAGGCUGCUUGUACACUCACACACUGCAGUGCCAGCCACCCCAGUGCCCAAGUUUAGUGCCCCUGUGUCCCUGAUCACUGCUUCAGAAUAUCAAUAAUAAAUAAUGCAGGGAGGCCCUGCCACCUGUUCCAGUGCGCACAAAAAAACCCCCAUACACAAAACCAAUGAUCACCGCCAUACUAGUAUCCUGAUCACCGCCAUACCCCAAACCAACACCCUGUUCACUGCCAUACACCAUACCAGCACCCUGAUCACCGCCAUACCCCAUACCAGCAUCCUGAUUACCUCAAUACCCCAAACCAGCAUCUUGAUCACCCGAUAUUCCAUACCAGCAUCCUGAUCACUGCCAUACCCCAUGCCAGCGUCCUGAUCAAAGCCAUACCACAUACCAUCACCCUGAUCAUCACCUAUACCCCAUACCAGUGUUCUGAUCAAUGCCAUACCCCAUACCAGCUUUUUGAUCACAACCAUACCCUAUACCAGCAUCCUGAUCAUAGCCAUACCCCAU